UUCACAAGGAUAAAAAACAGCCAGAUUUUUUAUAUGGUUUUGAGGUGGGCAUUGGAUAGAUUUGUGGAUUAGAGGUUUCACAUUCAAUGGCGGGGGCCGCCUUAGAUUUCCAUUUUUUAAUGGUUCUCUCUCUCAAAUUAAAUCGGAAACCGGCCAAAAAAAAGAAAAAAAUCCAUAUCAUCUCUCUCUCUAAUCUUGUUUGGGAAAAAAAAACCCAUAAUCUCAAGUGGGUGUUUCUCAAAAUCCUCCAUUUCGAUUUCGAAACACUUGGAAGUUUGGAAAUUCAUGGCUACUGCUUCUCUUUUAGAGGCAAUUUCAAUAGCAAGAGACGCCCCAAAACUCGCAGGAUUGAAAUGGAACCCUUUGGUUAGGCCCCCAGUUCGGAGGGCGUUUUAUCCUGCGUCGAAAACCAGGGAUCUUUUGAGAGCCGCAAUGCUUCGUAUAGAAUGUUCAGGCCUCAAAAACAUGGUGGUGUGGAAAAGAGAUGAGGAGAAAGAAAAUCCAUUUAAUGGGGCUUUCAAAGUGAUUGGUAAAUUGCUCAAGGCGUUGCAGAAACCUGCCAUGGUGGCCAUUGUUUUGGGUCUUCUUUUGUGCUAUGAUCCUCAAUCUGCCCUUGCAGCUUCAGGGGGUAGAGUGGGUGGGCGUUCGUUCUCUUCUGGUUCUGCUUCUUCAAGGACUUACUCGGUUCCUGGUCGAGCUUUUUCGUACUCUGUUCCUUAUUCAGCACCUUCUCCUUUUGGAUUUGGUGGUGGUGUUUAUGUGGCUCCCGCUUUUGGUGUUGGCUUUGGGGCUGGCACUGGUAUUUUCCUGCCAUUAAUGGCUUUCGCAGCUGUAGUUUUGGUUUCGGGGUUUCUCUCUGAUCGAACAGAUGAUGGAGUUCUUUCGGCCACUCAGAAAACGAGUGUACUCAAGCUUCAGGUUGGUUUAUUGGGCAUGGCGAGGUCAUUGCAGAAAGAUCUUGAUCGGAUUGCUGAAACAGCAGAUACAUCCAAUCCUGGGGGACUUCAUUAUGUAUUGACAGAAACUACCUUGGCUCUUCUUCGUCAUCCAGAUUGUUGCAUCUCUGGCUACUCAUCGGUUGAUGUAAAAAGAAGCGUAGACGAUGGGGAGAAACGUUUCAAUCAACUUUCCAUUGAAGAACGGGGAAAAUUUGAUGAAGAGACUUUGGUCAAUGUGAACAACAUCAAGAGGCAAAGUGUAACAAGCCAGAGAUCCAAGGGUUUUGGUAACGAGUAUAUUGUGAUCACAAUCCUUGUUGCUGCUGAAGGAGUCCACAAACUUCCUUUAAUUAACAGCAGCUCAGACCUGAAAGAGGCCUUGCAGAAGCUGGCCUCAAUUCCCUCUAGUAAAACUCUGGCAGUUGAGGUAUUGUGGACUCCCCAGAAUGAGGACGAUACACUUACCGAACGAGAACUGCUGGAAGAUUAUCCACUUCUGAGGCCUCUUUGAGUAUAAUAUAUAGAGAAGAAAAUAGUGCACUAAAUGAGAAAGAAAUUCUGAAACUGAACAUUGUUUUAGAUGUUAUUGUACAGUAAUCUGUAAAUGUAUAAAAUGGUGGGGUUUACAUUAUCUUGAAUUAAAUACCAAUAAUUCAAGAUUGAAAUUAAAGUCAUUUUAUCAGUGUUAGGGGAACCUCAUUCAAAUAAGUUAAGGUCAUAUUCGAAGUAAUACUAGAGCUAUGAUAUUGGAGACCCAGAUAACCGCUUCUCCUCCUGCAACUCAUUCUUUUACCAUUUGAAUAAGAAGACCAAGGUAUGUAGAGAGUUUAUACAAUUUGAAUAUGACCUUAAUAACUUAUACAUUCUUUUA